AUGGUGGAUGAGGAGGAAGACCCUGCUUUUGAGGAAGAAAAUGAAGAAAUUGGAGGAGGUGCAGAAGGUGGACAGAGUAAAAGAAAGAGACUUUUUUCUAAAGAAUUGAGAUAUAUGAUGUAUGGUUUUGGAGAUGACCAGAAUCCUUAUACUGAGUCAGUAGAUAUUCUUGAAGACCUUGUCAUAGAAUUCAUUACUGAAAUGACUCACAAGGCAAUGUCAAUUGGAAGACAAGGUCGAGUACAAGUUGAAGAUACCGUCUUCUUGAUUCAAAAGGACCCCAGGAAGUUUGCUAGGGUUAAAGACUUGCUUACUAUGAAUGAAGAAUGGAAAAGGGCUAGAAAAGCAUUUGAUGAAGCAAACUGUGGAUCGUAACAUCUUUUGUAGUUUCUGAAACUCCAUUAUAUUCUAGUGAAACCAUAUGUAAUAAUUGUUAUAUUUUCUGCAGUAAGGUCCUGAUAUCUACCUAUGUAAAUGAAAGAUACAGAAACAGA